AUGGGUUAAGCAGAAGUUGAGUUCAGGUGCUUUGUCGGCGGGCUCGCCUGGGCCACCGACAGCCAGUCGCUGGAGAACGCCUUCGCCCCCUACGGCGAGAUCCUUGAAUCGAAGAUCAUCAACGAUCGCGAGACCGGGAGGUCCAGGGGCUUCGGAUUCGUGACCUUCAGCAACGAGAAGGCCAUGAGAGACGCUAUCGAGGCGAUGAACGGCCAGAAUCUCGACGGCCGUAGCAUCACCGUUAACGAGGCUCAGUCUCGCGGAAGCGGAGGAGGCGGCGGCGGCGGCGGAGGAUUCCGCAGUGGAGGCGGUGGAGGUUACGGAGGUGGCCGUCGCGAGGGCGGAGGUGGCGGCGGGUACAGCCGCGGCGGCGGCUACGGCGGCGGUGGUUACGGAAGCGGCGGCGGUGGCGGCUAUGGUGGUGGUCGUGAGCGUGGCUACGGCGACGGAGGAUCUCGUUACUCGAGCAGAGGUGGUGGAGCUCCGGAAGGAAACUGGAGGAACUAGGAAUCUGGGGGGUCUUUGUUAAAGCUAGGGUUUGGGAUGGUUUUUUAUGUGUUUUAUGCGCUUUAAUGGUUCUUGUUUGGUGCUCUCUAUUUUUGAUCGAUGGUUCUCUACUGUGUUACUGCGAUGAAAAUAGAUGUUUUAUUGUUUCGCUUUGUCCUCUUUGAAAUACUAAUAUAAUGGUCCUCGUUUUAAGCACAAGAGAAAAGAGAAGAAGAAAUACUCUUAA